CUUCGUCCUCCUACAACCACCUCCAACAACACGCACUUACCCCUCAUUCCGAGACGAUGGCUGCGAGAGUCCCAAGCUCCUCCUCUGAGAUGACCAGUAGACCCUCUGUCAACCUUAGGGAUUCAUUGGUCUUUCCUUCUUUCGCCAACUGCCCCAACGAGUAUUACCUGGACGAACAAUAUUUACGCAUCGACGGGGACAUAGCCAGAAAUAAAUUACACUGGUGCUACCUGGGAGAGAUUGUUGAUUUCACAGUUUUCCUCCGCGUCUACCUAGACGUCCGGGACACGUCAGGAGAGCUCAUAUUUGCAGCAUUCCAUGACGAUGAAGAUCGUGGCAUGCGCUUCGUACAGCAAGAAAGACUUAAAAAAGGCCAUACGCUAGUUGUUUUAUACCCUUUCCAGCAUGAAUUCGUGGACGGUAGAUACGGGUUCCGCAUGGAGAAUCCCCAACAUGUUACAAUCAUCCCUUGUUCUCUUAACGAUCUGAUGUCCGCAAAUGACAGACUGCAGGGGGGUCUUCCGACCGCAGUUUGCUGGGCUUCAGGCUGCGGCAAAACUGAGAAUCUCAAGACAUGCAGCAAAUGCCACAAAGCCAAGUAUUGCGGACAGGAACACCAAGUUGAGGCAUGGAAGACGGGUCAUCGACAGGAUUGCAAGGCCUUCAGGGAGCUCGAGUGGUUCUUAAAUCGGGACUGGAUGACAUUCCGUGGUGAUGCAGCAUGGUCAUUUCCGAGAUAGCACCCUCCUUUCCAGAAACUGUCGCGCCUUGGCUCGGAUAGCGUAUCGGCAAUAUCGAUGUGUCAUCUCAGCCGUAUUUUAAGCCUUGCCAUUGCUUAUUCUUGACAUGAUUGUGCUUGACAGUCAUCACAGACAUUCCUCAUGUUAUGCUUUCUUGUACGAUGGCCUCGACAAUUGCUUCGAUUUUCGCUAAUCCCAUUAAAAACGUCUGUACUAUAUGUAAUACUAUAUUUGUCUGAUACGGUUUUCCCGUCUAGCCCUUCGUUUCCAAAAUCUAGUGGGAGUCUUCGCGGUCGUUUAUUGCUUCGCGCUUUCUGAUCUCGGUACAAGGCAGGGACUGUCGUUUUCAGCAAAGGAACGAGCUGCCAAGCUACUCCCUCCUAGCUAGAGCAAUAACGAAGCUCGUUAUGUUGAUGAUGGAAAAUCAGAUGGUUGAAG